GAACUUACGUGUGACGUAGAUGGAUUUCAUCCUGUAGUUGCAAAGCGAAGCUGUUAGCUGAAGCUAGCAGCAUUUCUUUUAUUUUGCCACACUUUUACUCAAACGGUUGUCGUGAAUAUUAGUGUUGCUGAGUGGUUCUACGGGAAGUUGUCAAACACCAGACUCUUUAACGAGCCAUUUCGCUUACGUUUCUCCUGGAGAAAGGCUGCUGAGCCAUGUACAAUGGUAUUGGCCUGACGACUCCUCGGGGCAGCGGCACCAAUGGCUACGUGCAGCGCAACCUGUCGAGCCUGCGGGUCAAGAGGCCCCGAGACGAGCGCGGAGGCGAGCGCGAUGAAAAGGACCGCGAGCGGCUGGAGAGUCAGCUCAACCGGCAGCCCAACGCCGACAUCCUGGAGCACCAGCGCAAGAGGCAGCUGGAGGUCAAAUGCGCCGAGCUGCAGGACAUGAUGGAGGAGCAGGGAUAUUCGGCCGAGGAGAUCGAGGAGAAGGUGAACAGUUUCCGCAUGAUGCUGCAGGAGAAGGAGGAGCCGUCUCCCACUGCCGCUCAGAAACCAACUGUGACAGAAACACACGCCCUGGCUGCAGCCAACCAGCAGAAGAACGACCGUCUUCGUGCCGCUUUCGGCAUCUCCAGCGACUAUGUGGACGGGUCGUCCUUCCACGCUGACCGCAAGGAAAAGGAGAAAGAGAAGCGGGAGCAGGAACGUCUGGAGCGGGAGAAACUGCAGCAGCAGAAAUACAUCUUGGUGGAAGAUUCAGAUGACUCAGAUUCUCCUCCUAAGAAGCGCAGCCGGAAGAAGAAAAAGAAAAACAAGAACAGAGAAAGCAGCUCAGAAAGUUCGUCCUCAUCUCCUCGCAAAGAGAAGAAGAAAUCCAAAAAGAAGAAAAAGAAGCGGGAGGCAUCAGAGGACGAAGACGACAGUUCCUCAGAUGAGAAGCAGAAAGUGUCAAAGAAGAAAAGAAGGAGUGGAAGUUCCAGUCCUCCGAAAGCGAAGUCGGGUCGGCGCAGAAGCGUCUCCUCUAGUUCAGAUCACAGCAGCAGAUCUCCACCUCCAUCCAGAUCACAUCCAAAGGACCAAACCGCAAAAAACACAGAAGGCAGAAAGGGGCGUUCGCCAGACAGGAGGCGCCGUGGUUCUGAGGAGCGCAGCCCACGGCGUCGAGCGGGCGACGGGAGGAGGUCCAAUCCUGAGAGGGAGAAAGAGCAACGCCGGGAGACGGACAAGACCAAAAGGAGACAUGACUCCUCGUCCCCCUCUCCGUCUCCAGAGAAAGACAGAAACGUUGAUCAGGGGAGAGCAAGAAAAUCCAGAAGCAAACAAAGGGAGCGAGAAAAAGGGCAGACCAGGAGCAUGGACAUGGACUCAAGACAGCACUCCAGGAAUCUGGAGUCAGAGAAGAGGAGGCGGUCCAGGAGCGUGGAGGUGGAGAAGAGGAGGCGCUCCAGGAGCGUGGAGGUGGAGAAGAGGAGGCGCUCCAGGAGCGUGGAGGUGGAGAAGAGGAGGCGCUCCAGGAGCGUGGAGGUGGAGAAGAGGAGGCGCUCCAAAAGCGUAGAGGUGGACAAAAGAGAACAAUCUAGAAACAAUGAGAAGGGGAGGCGGUCAAAGAGUCGAGAAAUCAGAAACACAGAGAAGGAGAACGUACCUCAGAGGAUCAGACGGGAGCCCUCCUCUUCGUCUUCUUGUUCUCCUCCUUCUCCUCCUCCUCCUCCCCCUCCUCAGCAGGAAACAAGGGGGGAAAGAAGCAGGGUCCCUGAGCGGGAAAAAGACGGGAACAAACAUAGAACGAUGAGACAUGACUCUCCGUCUCCUCCUCCUGAAAAGGAACAGGCACGAAGAGGAAGGAGUGUAGAUAAAGAACGUACAAGUGAGAAGGACAUUCAGUCAAAGACAAGGGGACGAAAUGAAAGAGACGUCAAAAAAGGUGAAGCUCAGCGGCAGGAUAGAGAGAGACAACCGUCUCCUCGCCAACAGAGAGGAGACAAGAUACCAGGCGGCCGGGAUUUCCCAUCGCCAAUUUUGUCCCCAUCCUGCAUCAAUGGAAGCCAGAUUGAGAGGAGACAAGAAACGCACAAAGAACGAUCGACAGACAGGCAUUUGAAUAAGCAAAAGGAAGAAAGUGGUGAGAAACGUAGGAAAGAUGGCGGGCCUUCUGCAGACGGUAGAGGGGACGGGUCCAGACCUCCGGAGAAGCAGAGGAGCCCAGUGAGAGAGAAAAGACGGGAGGAGAAACUAAAACAAACAGAAAGCAGCAGUAGCAGCAGCAGUGAUAGCGACAGUGACAGCUCCUCAUCCUCCUCUUCGUCCUCAUCCUCCUCCUCUUCAUCUUCCUCUGAGGAAGAGGAUAACACCGAUAAAACUGCAUCACCAGAACAAGAGAGAAGCAUUCAUAGGAAAAGUGCGCCGUCGGCCAUCGGAGCUGCUGUUGAAAGGUUUCUGGCCAAUGGGAGGAAAGAAAGCGCCACUGGUUCUGAAGGUGACGGACCCAGACGUCCCCACCGGGAAUCUGGACCGGACAAACCCGAGCGUGAAAGACCACCGCUCAGAGAUCCCGCCCAGGAUCGCCCGUCUCAAGCUAAAGGACAAGAUCGGUACAGUCCCACGCAGGCGGAAAGCCGGAGUCCGUCUCCCUCUCCACCCAGGAGACCCGAAAACAACCGAGGUAGGAGGUUCUCUCCGCCUGAGGCCAGAGCUGGGGACAGGGCGAAGGACAAGGACGCUUCCAAGAGAAUCACAAGGGCCAGCCCCAAUGCCAGGAGCCCACUCUCUCCAGCCCAGAGGACCACUACCAUCCCACCAGCCGCCCGCACUCCUCCAAGGCAGUAUCAAGAACCCCCGUCCCGGUUCAGAAGAACGUCACCGCCUCCAUUCCCAUCAGACCGUGACAGGGACAAGGGACGAGAAUGGGACAGGGACAAGGGACGAGAAUGGGACAGAAUAGUCAGAAGGAGCCGGUCCAGAAGUCCUAGGCCCAGAAGUCUGAGAAGACGCAGCGGGUCUAGGCCCAGAAGUCCGAGAAGACGCAGCGGGUCUAGGCCCAGAAGUCCGAGAAGACGCAGCGGGUCUAGGCCCAGAAGUCCGAGAAGACGCAGCGGGUCUAGGCCCAGAAGUCCAAGAAGACGCUAUGGCUCCAGGCCCAGAAGUCCCAGAAGGCGCAGUGGUUCUAGACCCAGAAGGCGCAGUGGUUCUAGACCCAGAAGUCCGAGGCGACGUAGUGGGUCCAGGCUGAGAAAUCUGAGACGCCGUAGUGGUUCUAGGCAAAGAAGCCCUAGAAGACGAAGUGGUUCUAGGCCCAGAAGCCCAAGACGGCGCAGUGGGUCCAGGCCUAUAUCUAGGCCUAAAAGUCCAAGGAGACGCACUAGAUCUAGGUCCAGAAGUCCAAGAAUCCUCAGACGGCCAAGUCCCCCUAGCAGGUUCCGCCGCUCUCCGUCUCCCCAGCAGCGGCGGCGGGUCAGUCGCUCGCCCUCCACAGACAGGCAGAGAGAGCGAGAGAGGGGCCGGCAGCCAGAGAGACCACCUACAAAGGUCGCCUCCCCGCCCCAAAGGUCGUCCUCUUCCUCCUCCUCGUCCAGUUCCAGCUCCUCCUCUUCCUCGUCUCCUUCUCCGCCGCCGGACAGGAAGGAGGUGAAGCCUCCGGCGGAGAGAGAGAGGCCGCUUCCAGACGACGGGAAGCUGGCGGGUCGCUCUUCGUCGGCUCAGGCUCCUCCCAGGGACUCCCCCCGCGCCGCAGCGGCACCGGGCCGGAGAAGCUCACCAUCCGACCCGCGCCGGCCUCAUGACGCCAUCAGGAGGUCACCGGCCGUCAGCCAAUCAGAAGGCAGGCAUCCAACGGCUGGUCUCGAAGGGAAGCAGUCGCCGCCAGCGACCAGGAAGGACACUGCUGUGAACGGGAAGGAGAAGGCCAGCAGGAGCAGCAGCUCCAGCUCCUCUUCGUCGUCCUCGUCUUCAUCAUCAUCAUCCUCCUCGUCAUCCUCGUCUUCAUCUUCAGACAGCUCUGACUCAGAGGCGGAGCAGGGCAAAGGGAAGCCAGAGAAAGGACGAAGCUCCCAGUCCUCCUCUUCCUCAUCCAGCGAUGAAGGGGAAGCCAAGAAAAACAGCCCUGCGCGGCCUCACCGCGUCCCGGCCGACUCUCUCAGAGAUUCCCGUUCUCUCAGUUAUUCUCCUCCCAGACACAUCCGAGCCGCUCGCUCCUCUCCUGCUCCCAGGAGCGCAGGCCGGCGGUCGCCCAGAUCCUCGUCCAGCAGCAGGCGGAGAAAAUGAGCGAUCAUCAGAAACCUUCCUCCUCCUCUUCCUCCUGCCAGCCUGGACUCCAGCACUCGUUCUGGAGAACUGCUCCUGCAGUGAUCUGUUUUUGGUUUAAAGUGGAGCGUUGCAGGCUGCAGCCGCCUCAACCUAACUGUACCUGUGCUGAAUGUCGUCCUUCCUGUAGAUAUGAGCUGUCUGUAUUUUGGUUAUUAUUAUGUAACAGGUAAACGAUUCCAUGCGAUGUGAGCAGAAACUGAAACUAGGGUAAUGUCUUUUGUUGAAAAUGAUUCAUCGUAUUAAUAAAAAGUAAUUGUAAAUUUUA